AUGGGUGGCACUUGUUACCAUGGUUCCGUGUAAAACAGAACACAUUGUGAUUUAUUUACAGAGCGCUUGCUUGCCUUGCCCACGUUUUUAUGCUAUCCUGGACAUUCAGACUGUUGCUGGCGACGGUACUUGAUGGCUUUCUUCGGGAUAACAAAUUUGGGCUAUCAAAAUCCCAUCGGAGACAAGAUGCUAGUGAAUCCACGAGCGUCUGCUUCCCACCGCGGUAAAAGCACGCCAGACUCCCUGACCUUUACAGAUGAGGUUGAUUUAAGGAGCUGUACCAAACAGUCAAGACUGCCCCCUAUACAAGCCCAGAGGGGACCCCCAAAAUGCACUGAUACCUGCAGCAUCUACAACCAGCCACCUCCCUUCAGCUCAGACAUACACCAGGGGAGCCAGGAGCGAUACAGAGAGAUGCUCAAACGGGUUCAGACACCCAGAUCCCCGAACCAGCUGUACUCAGUGCCCCUGACAGACAGCCAGCAGUGUGGAUGGUGGAUGCCCAAUGGAGGCCAAGGAAAUACGCAGGAACGCUGGACCCAAGUCAAACGAUUCCCCCGCAAGAACAGUGAGAUGACGAAGUUUGUGAAAGAGAUGUCAAUGACGGACCGGGAGUUCAGCUUAUUCUGAUUUCCUGUGGUUUCCUGUGGUUUGAUAAACAGACACUUUUGUCAUAGCAUGCUAUUUGUUUGGGAGCUACUGUAUCAUGUUGUCAAUUGACGUCUGCCUUUCAACUGGUACAAUUGAGCUGUUACCUCCCUCCAGAGGAAUGAAAUGGUAAUACCCACAAGGAAAGAAUAGAGAGUUUUGUUUCAGUAAUUAGCUACUGUCACUCAGUAAGACCAUUCAGUAGACCUUAGAUCAUUCAGGAGACCUUGGGGAUAGUAACUGAAUAUCUGGGAUCAGGUAUAUUGUUACUGAAUAGUGUCUAGCUGCCAAAUAUUUGAUAGUGUGUUUGUAUUUUUGGUAAAACUGGUAUUUUGCAUAAUUUCAGUACAUUAACUAAAGCAAUAAAAUUAUAACACAAGGAAAA